ACAGCAGCACACACAGCGCGAUGGUGCGUCUCAGGACCGCGUCGCGCAACUUAACUGCGUCAGCGCGGAAUCAAACUUAUGGACUUGUGAGGGAAGUCAGUUCACGCGUUUAUCCCUGAACUAAGAAAAAAAAAAUCACAACAAACUAUUUCCAGGACUCUGACACAACACCGCAACGAAUGAGCUCAUGGUGAUCUCCACAGAAAGGACUAAAGACGCGCCAAGCACGGUCACCUUCGCUGUUAAGGAGACUUGCGAGAGGAUCCCAAGAAAGCCAUCGGUUCAGUAACACCGAGACAUUCCCGGCCAGCAGCAACGACCGAUCCGGAUCCCGCAGAUCAAUGAAGAAUGCGCGAGCGCACGCACAGUCGAUGAAGCCGGCGGCGAGAUCAUGCUUGUUCUGCCCGAGCCGAGCUUGCAGUCACUGCGGCUGGUGUUCCUCUUCGUCUUCGUCAUGGAUGUAGCGCCGUCCCCGGCUCUGACCGCCGGCUGCCCGGACCGCUGCGUGUGCGACGACCAGCUGGUGGUCCAGUGCGCGGGAAAACAGUUAAGCGACUUCCCCGUGGACCUCCCGCUGGCCACCCGGCAGCUGAUCAUCUCCAAUAACCGGAUCGGCGACUUGCCACCGCUGCAGCUCAACUACCUGUCGGACCUGGUGUACCUGGACUGCAGCAACAACUCGCUGACGGAGAUCUCCGAGUCUACUUUUGGCAACCUGCGCAAGCUCGCCUACCUGGAUCUGUCUUUCAACAGCCUGACGCAGAUCGAGGACCGGACGUUUGGCCCUCUGGCCAGCCUGGUGAUGCUGAGGAUGACGGAUAACCCGGGGCUGUCGGAGAUCCACCCGGACGCGUUCGCGGAGAACGCGGCGCUGCAGGUGCUGGACGUGAGCCGGAACAACCUGACGGCGCUCAACAUCAGCUCCCUGAUCGCGCUGCCGGCGCUGCGCUCGCUGGGGCUCAGCGGGAACCCCUGGAGGUGCGACUGCGACACGGAGGACCUGUGCCUCUGGAUCCAGAUAGAGGGCUUCAAGUUCCAAGAUGAGGGGCAGACGGUGUGCCAGGGGCCGCCAGACAUGCUGGGUCAGCGCCUGGCAGAGCUGGGCAUGCAGCUGAGAUCGGAAUGCCACCAGGGCCUGGGUUACUGGGACUACCUGUUCUUCAUCGCCAUCGGCUUCGUCAUCUUCAGCGCUGGGACGGUGUCGGCAUGGGUGAUGGGCAUACUCAUGGUUCUGUAUGAGCGCUACAGCAAGAGGAAGAGUGAGGAGCUUGACAGUGAAGACGAGGAGGAGACAGUCAUCCGAGGGGCAGGAAGUGGAGGAGGAGGGGGUAACCAUGGCAAUGGGGACGUGAACAAACCAGGCAUGCAGGUGUGACCAGAGGACAGAGGGACGCUGGGAAAUCUUUGAUGAAAUGAGAGCAAGCUACGGACAGAGAAAAGGAGUUUUCUUUUCUAUAAAGAUGUUUUAAGUGCACUUUUUUAGAAUGUGUCAACAUUAGUUUUAGUUUAAGAGAAGGGCAAGGACAGACAGAUUAGAUUUAUUUCAAUUCUUAUAGGUGGACUCAGACAAACAGACAGACUGAGAGACCGUUUAGAGGGACACAGUGAACUUGCAGCUGGAAAAUAUUGCUGUUCUGGCAGAUCUGAAGGAUGAUCUUAAUUAAAUGCAUAGAAAUAAUGCUCACUCACACAGGUCGCUCUCCCCAGUGUUAGUCAUGUAAUUGGGGCAGGGUGAUAACACUGUGUUUCACACUUAAGUGAGAGACAGUGAGAAGGAAGGAAAAGGUAAAAAGACAGAUAGAGAGGCUUGGAGACUUGUCCAGUAAGCUAUCUUAGCUUUUAUUUACUAGCUCGGUCAAAGAAAGGAAUGUAAAUGGAGGAUAUACAAGCAGUCUCUCCAGAUUCAUGCAGUGUGAAAUGAAUGAAUAGAAGAUGGAAGACUUUUCUAAACUGUCUGCACAACUCCAUGGAAGGCUGAAAAUUGUUUUAAAGGGUUCACAGACUGACUGACUGCUCAAAUGAUGGAUUGACGACAUUUUAUUGCAGGGCUUAACAAUAAGGACUUUUCUACUACUACUAAUUUUCACACUGACAAAAUAUAUAUACAUAUAUAAUAUAAAUAUAAUAAUAUUAUAUAAUAUAAAUAUAAUAUAUUAAUAUAAAUAUUGAUGAAUAAUAAAAAUAUGGACAAAUAAUAAUAAAUAUUAUACUAUAUUUUUUAUAUUAUUAUAAUUAUAAUAUAUUAUUUUAAAUACACAUUAUAAAAAAAAAUUAAGAAAUUCAGCAAAUGUUGCAUCAUGAUCAAUCAAUGUAUCAUGAUUUCCACAAGAAUAUUAAGAAACACAACUGUGUUCACCAUUAAAAAUAAAUAAUCAAAUAAAUGCAGCCAUGGUGAGCAUAAAAGAUUUAUUUCAAAAACUUUUUUUUUAGUCCAAAUUUUGAAUAUAUGGAUCAGCACAAUUUGUUACAUUAUUCAGUAUAUAUAUUCACACAAUAUUCACACAAAAGCAAAUGUUCAAGUUUACAAUGGAUAUAACCAUGUGCACAUGAUUGUUUGAAUGCAAUACAUUGUAACAACACAGCACUAGCCCAUCAGAUCAAGUAAACUGUCCAGAAACCUUCUCACUGGCCCCGGGCCAUUGGACCAUCCUUAUUGUUGAGCCCUGUUUUGGAUUGGGACAUUAUUGAUUUCAGUAAGCCUGUAUGCACUGCACCGAAAAGCCUUACAUACAAGAUGUAACCAGUCCAGCAAUAACACCUCCAAGUGAUACUGAGAGCAAUAGAGGGAAACGUGUGUGUGUGUGUGUGUGUGUGUGUGUGUGUGUGUGUGUGUGUGUGUGUGUGUGUGUGUGUGUGUGUGUGUGAGUGUGAGUGUGUGUGUGAGUGCAUGUGGCUCGCCGCAGCAAAACUGCUAUAGGUGGGAAAAAUAAAGUAUGUCAGCAUUCUGUAAUUUUGGCAAGGCUUUAAUUUUUAUUUAAUCAAAUGUUAUUCCUCCCAUGGCUACCACAUGCCACUCAAGGGCAGAGCUAAAGUGACCAUUCUCUCUUCACACUGCACCAUCAGCACUGAAGAGGGAACUGUACCCACUGAGAGUGUUGUUUUAGUUCAAUUCCCAAUAACAAUUCCUUAUACUCAGCAGACUACCACAAAUUUGGAUACAAUUCGGGAUUUUGGAUUCAGCAGAUUACUACAAUUUGGGAUACUUAACAGUACUCCAUUGCUACUGCAAUCCAGACACCUGAAUUGCCUCUUUAAAAUGCUGACAAUGAUCUUAGCUGCACAGCAUGUCUGGAUCUAUAGGUAUUUUCCAUUAUUUGUCCAUCACUGGAUGAAUUACUGCUGCCAUAAUCAUUAGAAAAUGUACACAAACAUAUUGUUUGAACAGCACAAAUUUCUCACAAUAUACCAAAACAGUUGGUGAAUACGGAGCAGUUUCACUCCUGAAUUACCGAAUGGAAAAGAAGAUGAGACAACUCUUAGAAAAUUUGCCCAUCUGUCUUAGCAUGUUUUAUCCCUAUAUCCAAACUAAGAAAAUAUAUACAGAGCAGUCACAUCCUCUCUUCUCUGAAGUUGUUAGUGGAGAGGGAAAGCUGGUUUUGGGGUGUCAUGUGAUUGACCAUUGCUAAAUCCAUCUGUAACGGGUUAAAGAGUUUAAGAGAAUAAUGCUUUUAUAAAUCUAUAGAUUCUAUAGCUAAUAUUGUGUUGACUUUUUAGUCUCCCAUUUCCUUAAAGCAACAUCUGGUCAUUUCCGCACAACUAGUGGCAUUAACGAAAUUUUCCAAACAGGCUCUCAUCUAUGGAGGCCCUAAAGCAAAACAGUGAACAUGAGAUCAAUAAUAUAAAUGAUAUUUCAAUGCAAAUGAACACAAAUGUUUUGUAAGGGACUAGCAUUAUUCCUCCAAACUCAUAUUGUUUUCGAUAACCAUCUGCCAUUGGACUGUCAAAGAAAUAGUCCUACCCCAAACUAACACCAUUGGUUGAGUCAGUGUUGCUUUGAUCGGCCUGAAGGGCUCUGUUUUGUUUGAUGCAGGUAUUUUAGACUUUAGAAGAGUGACAGAAAUUGGGCAAUAUAAUGUUUAAUAUUAUAUAUAUUAAUUUAUAUCAGAUAUGUAAUAUGUCAAAGAGUUUUUCCAUAUACAGCAGGUAAAUGCUCAACAACCCAAUACUGAUUCUUGACAAUCUUAACAAAUUCAUUCAUAUUUUACACCUACAUAAACAAAAUCACUUAAAUCUCUCAGGGUCCCAAAAUAAGUCCUCAGAAAUGAGCAAAUAAACAAAUCAAUGCUUUAUAACUGGAUUACCGGCAUUUUUAAACACAGAUCAUCACAAUAAGGCCUUUCAAAAAGACAAAAAAAAACCCACCUCAAAAUAGUCCAAAAUAUGUAUAAAUAUGAAAAUAAAUCAAACUUAACUUACUUUAAAAUUACUUUACUAAAGAAUGAACCAAUUAAUCGAGUUUCUGAGGGAGAGUAUGGCGUUUGAUGUUUGAAGGAAAAGUUAAUGUAAGCGUUUAAAGUCAGGGAGACUGGAGAGCAUGGGGGAAAGAAUGCCUAGUUUCCCAAAUUGUUUGGCAUUUCGCAGGCGUCGUUAAGGCUUCAGCUUGUUCACGCGCUCUUAAUCUCGAUGCAUCUGUGCGCCGUACUCCACAAAACAGACAUUCAGACUUUGCCCAUAGGUAAUAAUCCAAAAGAGAGUUUUCACGACUCGCUAAAACAACAGCCUUCUUUUUUCCCCCUCUAACUUCCCAGAUGUUGGCUACAAAAUCCCCGACCAGACUCUCACUUCCCCUCCCGUCUGCUUACACUCGUUCUCAUCUUUCUCUUCCUUUUCUCCACCAUAUCCCUGAACCCAGCCUCUUCUGUUUCCAUAUUUAGUUUGCUUUUUAUUAUUAUUAUUAUUAUUUAAUUUAAAAACAUUGUAGCAGGCCGCUACAAGUGUGUCAAUUAUUGUCUUCUGGACAACUGUCAGGUCAGCAGUCUUCCCCAUGAUUGUGUAGCCUAGUGAACCAAACUGGGAGACCAUUUUGAAGGCUCAGGAAUCCUUUGCAGGUGUUUCAAUUCAAUUAAAAAAACUUUACAGAAAAUUACGUUUCAAUAUUUAGUUUUGAGUUGAUUAGCUGAUUGGCAUGUCACCAUAUUCUAAUUUGUUGAGUGGGUUUUUGCUAAAUUUGAGCCAAAAUCAUCACAAUUAAAAGAACCAAAGACUAAAACUGCUUCAGUCUGUGUGCAUUUAAUUUAUUUAAUACACAAGUUUCACAAUUUGAGUUGAAUUACGGAAAUAAAUGCACUUUUCCAUGACAUUCUAAUUUAUUGAGAUGCACCUGUAUGCAGCUCCACUCCACUUCUCACAUCUAACAUACUGUCUCUAAUGGUGCAGAAAUUACACGCUGUGUCUGUUAACCUGCACAUACUCAUUAAACCCUGUUAAAAAUUGAAUUUGAAUUACGUCUAGAAAACCCAACAAGCUGAUAUUUUCAGCUGGGAAGCCUCAACUUCAGGUCACAACCCUGGACUGAAUGUGUGUUUGACGACACAUCCAUCUCACAUCCUUCUCAGCCUCUCAUUAAUUCUUUCUCUCUCUCUCUCUCUCUCUCUCUCAUUCUGUCCUCUCUCACCAGUUAGAAGGUGGGUCGUUUCAGGUUACAGAUUACAAUGGGAUGUCACCAUGUCAGCAUCAUUUCCAAAGUGUUAACACCAUCUUGAAAAAGACUAAUAACACCAUGUCAUCAGGGGAACAUGAUUAUAUGUGUACAGUUGAAUCAGGAAAUACCCGGAGAGAUGUCCUCAAAAACAAAAGAAAGAUAAAUACAGCUAAAAAUUAUAUGACAGAAACAUCAUGGCGUUAUAAGGUUGGACAGUAGAGGUGGUAAACUUUAUAGCAACACACUGCAGUGUGUGCGCCAUUUUCACCUGCUGUGAACUCUGAAAGAGAUUAUGUCUGACUAUGUGAUCACCCUUUAGAAGAAGAGAGAAAUUGGGGAGGGGUUGAAUUGGCAUUUUAUUCCUCUAUGAAUAUUAAUGUGUCACAUAACAAGCGAUAAAGGGUAUAUCACCUAGUGCUAUCCAAUAGUCAAGUUCAGUGUAGGAGCAGGACUUUAUCUGAGUCUACAGACACUAACAAUGCUACAACACUGCAGUCUGCUCGGCUCCAAAACUGCAAGCACCAUCAGCAAUGCAGCAGGGGUGGCCUGUGUCAGGAUGAUCUAACUGUAGAGAUACUCACACACAUAUGCACUCAACAGAACACUAAUCAACUAGCAGCACAACUCCUGCUAUAUCUUUGUGAAUUUACAAAGAAAACCUCAGCUGCUAGCAUUGAAACAGAGAAUUAAUAAAAGAAGCUCAAGUAUAUGUAAUAUGCAAAAAAACAUUUUCAAUCAGAUGCAGCUAGAACCCCUCAGUGUUCAUUAGCGUUCUCAUUUUUAGCAUUAGCUUUAAUUGUUCAUGAUAAUCUGUGGCUAAAGCUAAUGCUUCCUGCAAAGUUGGAAAGUUGAAAGGUGACACAUCUACAUUAAGGUCCUUAAAGAGUUGGGUAUGAGUAGGGCUGGGCGAUAUGGAGCAAAAAUAUAUCUUGAUUUAUUUUGCUAUAUCUCGAUAUACGAAAUAUAUCUCGAUAUCUUUACAGGAAAAACAACCCCCCAAAAACUACUGCAAAAACAAAUAUGCCAAAUAUUACAUGUUAAGGGCCCUAUGAAACGUUUUUUUUUUUUUCGCCAUAUGUUUUAUUGUUACCUAAUUCUGUGUUUUAGCAUGUGUAAUUAUUUAAAUGCAUAAAUACAACUUAAAUAGUUAAAAUAGCCUUAUGUGAAAUGUUUUUUUCCCUUCAGAAAUUCUGUGUAUUUACAUUGUUCUGGUUAUCAAAUGAAGACAUAAAACAUUCAUUUAAUUUAUCUUUUAAUUAUUUAAAAUUAAGCAAACUUUAUUUUUUGGUAAACAAAGGGGAUUUACUAUUAAAAAUAAAACAUGGAAGAAAUGUUGUGUGAUUAUUCCUUAAAUAUUUUAAUAGUAGUAGUAGUGGGCUAUGUACAUUCUGCUGGACAAUAGUAAUAGAUUUCUGGCAAAUACUUUUAUUUUGACGGGUUUACCUUUACAGUUCAGUGUAUGUGAUACUACAGUCUAUGAUGUGAUAUGAGCUAGUUUUACUCAAAUCAGUAAUCAGAUGCUCAUGAAGUGACUCAGUGCAGUUCUGGAGAUGUUCCUCAUGUGUUCACGUCUUUAUUUAGUGAGAGGAACGACACUGAAAUCACUGCACUUCCGUGUGUUUAAUGAAUGAAGACGCGCUUCUGCUCCAUUCAUUAACACAGAUACGCAGAACAUGCAGGAGUCAUAUUUCAAUAUACUUUUCCGGGUUGAAAUUUGCAGAUAUUAGUCUAUAUCGUGAUUUAAUUUAAGUGCAUGACCUAUUUUUGAUUAAUUCAUUCAAAAUUUGGCAAAUUCCGUGACAUUCCGCGUUAAACUGUAGACUGGAUUCCGCGAUUCCGUCCGCGUUUUCUACAUCACGGAAAUCAUUGGGCCCUACAGUAGACAUCUGCCUGCUGUUCGUCCUACGCCUUAAAACCGAAGUAUCUCCAUAUAAUGGAGGCAGUUGUCCUUUUAUUAUUCUUUUAGACUUUUUUUUUAGACUAGUUCUGUACACGCGAGGAGAGGGGGGACAAAAGCAAGAAGGCGGAGUGCAAUCGAGCGGGGGCGAGCACAGCACAGAGAAGGCAAAGAAGCAAAGUGGCGGAAUCAGAAUUAAAUAUAAACAAUAUAUCGAUAUAUAUGAUAUGUUAAAAUCCAUAUCGUGUUUAAAAAAUAUCUCGAUAUAUUUUAAAUAUUGAGAUAUUGCCCACCCCUAGGUAUGAGUGUAGAGUAUAAGGUAAGCUAGCGAAGUAAUCAGCUAACAGUGUGCUAAGAUAGUACACUGAGUGAUUGGGUUGCAUAACAAAUAAAAAGAAAUCUAUAUCUUUGGUUAUAUUCCAAAAUACCCUCUCAUAAAAAUGCGCAAAUAAUUGUACCUUUAGAGAUAUGACAACUUUUCACUUGGACAGUACUCUUUAGGGGACAACUUUGUACCUGAUCUACCCUUAAAAGGUGGAUACCAUAGAGUAGUAAUACCUACGUACCCAUAAGGUACUACUAUGCCUCCUUUAGGUGUAAAUGAGGUGCAGAAUUGUCCCUUUCAGAUUACUGUCCUAGUGACAAGCUGUUAAACCAAAAAGUUAUUUUAGCCAAAUUGCCUAACAGAUUGUUAAUGGUACCAUUUCCAAUUUUCCAACUUGCAGAAAGUCAUUGCUUUUGCAAACAAAUGCUACUGCUGUGAUUGAUCAUUAUACAUCACCUUCCUAGCAGAACAUGGUAUAGGAAAAUCACAUGACCAACCUUGAAUGGAACACUCUAUCACCCUAGAUAAAGAAUUGGCAGAUUAGGCAUUGCACACUCUCAGAAUUUUUUUUUUUAUAUAUAUAUACAAAUGUUGUACCUUUUUGAGUACAACAGCUUGUCCCUCAGCUACUUUGAAAACUUUGAGUGCCAUUAAAUAGCUUAAAAGAUAAAAGACAAUUUUUUAUAUAAAAGGAUGACUUGAGGGUGAGUAAUUUAUGGGCUAAUUAUCAUUUUUUAAUGUACAAUUUUAUUCCUGUCAGUAGAUGCAUUCGAGUUAGGAUUUGAGACAUAGCAAUGCUUUUCUUUCACAUUCUCAAUGUGGCAAUAACCAAAAUGAAAGUGUGGGUGAAGGUUCAGUAGAGUUUGAAAUUAGAUUUGCGUACAGAGUAGCUGAUAUUAGGAGUGUUUGGUUUAGCCUUCAGUGCAAAGUCUAGGAAAUAAUAUUGAUUUAAGUUCUUCUACUUUUAACUUUUGGUUUGGAUUGGAGCUCUGGAACCAGAGGCAGUGCUGCAGACUGCAGGUGUUGCUGUUGUUUCAGCAGCACAAGACUGAAGUUGUUCUCUGAGAGACUUUAGAUUUGCUGGAUCGAUUUGCUGUCUACAGAGGUGUGUCCGUUACGCUCUGUCCAUCAUGCAUGAAGCUCUGCAGAAUUUCCACAACUGAGAGUCUCUAACACUCUCCUUUCCUCUCCUCUCCUUUCUUCUUGCCUGGUUACAUCUCAUCAAUUCUCUUCAUUGUUGUGGCUUGUCUCAUCUCGUCUCCUGUUGCAUCUUCUCCUCUUCAUUGAGUCUCCUCUCUUCCUUAUCUUGUCUCUAUUCUGUUCUGUUCUCAUCAUUUGUCUUAUUGUCUUGUCUCAUCUGGUCUCUUCCUUGUCUUCUCUCAAUUUCUCUAUCCUUGUCUCAUCUUAAUUUCUCUACUCCUCAUUUAUCUUGUUUUUUCUCUUCUGUACUCUCUUUUUCCAUCCUCUCUUCUUUGUCUCAUUACACCUCUUCUCUUCUCUUCUCUUCUCUUCUCUUCUCUUCUCUUCUCUUCUCUUCUCUUCUCUUCUCUUGAUUUCUGUGUCUUGUCCUAUCUCAUCUUGUGUCCUGUUCUGUCUUCUCUAUGUCUUGUCUCUUGUCUCCCUUGACGUGUCUCUUGUCUUGUUUGAUCUCUUCUGUUCACAUUUGUCUUUUCUUGUCUUGCCAUCUUGUCUCAUCCUCGUUUUCUGUUCUUGCCUCAUCGUUUCAUCUUUUAUGUCCUCUCCUCAUCUUUCUCUCAGUCUCAUCCUCUCUCUUCCUUAUUUUGUCUUAUCUAGUCUCUUUUUUUCUUUCCCUGGUCUCAUUUUGUAUGUUUUCAUCAUUUGUUUUGUCUCAUCUCUUAGAUUGUCUUCACCUCUCCUCCCUAUCUUUUCUGCUCUACUCGUCUUAUUUUUCAUUUCCUCUCUCCUUAUCUCAUCUUCUCUUUUCCUCUAUUCUCUUCUUGCCAUUUAUCUUGUCUCAUUUAGGCCCAAUCCCAAUUCUGUUUUAUACCCCUUCCCCUUCCCCUACCCCUCCACCUACCCCUUCCCCUUGUCCCUUGAAACAGAGUGUCAAGGGGUAGGGGAGAAAAUAUUCCCCCAAGGAUUGGGAAACCACUACCAUGACGUCACAUGCCAUCAUUCGUCGUCUAGCUCUUACAUACACACAUAUACUGGUGUGCAUUAGAGCCUUUAAUUAUCAUUCUGUGUUAAUGAGCUGCUUACUGACAAACACACACACACACAUAUUGGAAAUCGCGAAGCUCUCAAUCAUCCAGUAGAAAAUAAACUUUUCAACGCUGCCCCACGACUUUGAUCAAAUACAGUUUAAAGACUGAAUCGCUACAUUAUAUUUUCCAGCGACGAGAGGAUACAAUCGCUGUUUUUAAGUAAACUCACAGAUAAAUGCACAAACGUGAAUACACGCAACUUCCAUUUCUUUCUCUAUCUCUCUCUCUCUCUCUCUGGAAUAGGCAAUAUUUGAGAAAAUGGUUUGGCGAUUUCAAAUUAUUGGGGGGAUUAGUCUACGGCAGUUAUCACCCUGAUCUGACAUAUGCUGUCGCACUAUCAUGCAGUCUGUAAUGAUAUGACGUUAGCAAAUAUUAGCGAUUUUUUGCAAAGAUUUCUUUGAGUAACAUGACCAUUAAUAUGAACUCACAAUUGAAUGUAACAUAAAACAAAUGAUUACUUUUCAUUAAAAUCUUUAGUGAUGCCAAGAAAGCUUACAUUUAUGUGUCUUUUUGUUCGCUGUAGCAGCCAUGUUGCCGAGAUAAUUCAUACCCCUUAGUUUGAAGUGUGGUCCCGAAAAAUCUUUGUUUGAAGGGCUAUCUGGUCCUUGCCCUUACCCCUACCCCUCCAACCAAAAGAGAAUCGAGACACCCCUACCCCUUAACGUGAACGCGCGAAACAGAGGGGUAGAGGAAAGGGAAAGGGCUAAGGGGUAGAAUUGGGAUUGGGCCUUAGUCUCAUCUCUUGUCUUAUUUUUUCUUAUCUCCCACCUUGUCUGGCCUCUUCUUGUCCAUUGUCUCGUCUCAUUUGAUCUUUUCCUGUAUCAUCUCUUCUCUCUUCUUCUAAUUUUUCUUGUUUUUGUCUCAUUUUUGUAUCUCGUCUCCUCCCACUUUUCUAGUCUCUUUUUGUCUCUCAUCUCAUUUAGACUCAUCUCUAUCUAGUUUCUUCUUUCUUUGUUAUAUCUCUGUUCUGACUCUGCCCUCCUCUUUUAUAUCUCAGUGGUGGUUUAGUGAGGGUGAUGGCAUAAAGGCUGUUGUAAGCCAUCUUACGCUGUCUUAAAGAAGAGGAGGACUAAAUCAGAGCGGAUGACAGUUUUCCACUUGGGACUAAAGCUUAGAGACUUUCCUCUGCCUUGAUUCAAAGUGCUUUCAU